CCCGAACUUCGAACUUCUUUUGCUUGUCAUCCUGUCUGCAAAGCUAUCACUAUCCCCUCAAGCCUCGCACUUCAACACUCCUCUCUCUGCAGAGGUCUGAAGGCCAUUGUUAUUACAUUCGACACGCUGCGGACUCGCCGUCGAUGUCAGUAUUCCUCCCCCACCCUUCUCGACAACCUCGAUAGCCCCCGAUGCCCUCCGAUCCUCUCUAUAUCACUAUCCAGUCUCCGUACCCCUGAUGAGCACGGCCCUGUCACACACGCCGACAUCCUUCUUUCAUCAAAACUUCGGAGGACCCUGCAGGUCUUGAAUGAGUCUGCAGCAUGGCUCUGAAUGGUCUCGAUAAUCCGAAAUUGACUGAAGCCUACCAGUCUGCGCUGUCCGAGGCUGGCGGUUGGUUUCUUUUGCGAUACGUGUCACGCGACGAGAUAGAGCUCUUGCAAAAUGGAACUGGCGGCCUCAUUGAAGCUCGGAGUGCUGUCGCUUCCUACGAGAAGCGCUCUCCUCUGUAUGGCUUUCUGCUAUAUCGGCGCCGUAAGGUGCUUAUAAAAUACAUACCCGAAGGCACUUCGCGACUCUUACAAGCCCGUGUCUCGGUGCAUUUUCAGGCCGUCACCGACAAGUUCUCCCCGUACGAUUCAAUAUUUCCCAUCAGUGCCCCAGAAGAUCUCAAUGACAUGACACUUACUGCUGCUUGUGCUCUACACACGGAGAAGCCUCCUGGAUCUUCGCACGCAGCUACGCCUUCACCCCGGAAAAAGUUGGAUGAGAUUGCUGAAGAUGCUGAGGAGACAGAAGAGACGGAGGAGCCAGUAAAGCCAGAACCAGCAGCUAAAAUCGCUCCGCCGGCGAGCCUCAAAAGCGAAGUUAAUUCGCCAUUGACUCCGCUCACGCCCAACACAGAGCUCCUUAGAUCGCCACUCGAAGGGACCGCACCAACUCUGCCUUCACCUGUAGAGUCUCGUGCGGAGGACGUUUCGCUCACAAUCAUAAACCCUCUUGAAUCCUCCGAUCGUCGACCAAGCGAUGCCCCACUUCCACUCUCGAGAACGUCGACGAUAGCAAGCGGUUACGACUACGAAUCGCGAGCAUCGUCCCAGACCGUGCGUCCAUCGGCGUAUGAUAUCUUCGAUGUUGGAGCGUUUGCGUAUAAACCAAAAGUGAGGCUUGGUCCACGACCAAAACAGACUCCAGAUACAUCUGAUGGGAGGCCCAAGACAGCCGGUGCUAGACCGGUAUCUACUUUACCGGCAGGCUUGAAGAUUGCGCCUCGCAAUACCAAAACUACGUCAAAAAAAAGAGAUUCUGGGGCUCCGCCGAACAUUGCACUACCGCCUCCGCCUCCGAUUCCUACAACGCCAACAUCUAUGUACCAACAACAUUCGCCCAUGAGCGUAAGAUCUCUACCUGCAGCUGUACAUAAGUUGGGAUCACCUGGCGUUACACAAGAAAAGCAAAGACUCAUGAAGGCUGUCGAGAUGAGAAAGAAACAGAUGAAAGCGAAGCAGGAACGGGAUGCAGCCAAGGCGGUGGCGGCGGCGGAAGCCGCAGCAGCAACACAAGGCGCUGCGCCGGUUGAGGAAGAAAUCGAGCCUAGCCCCUCAGUAGCUGGUGUGUCCCCACCUCGAGUUGUAGUGAGUCGCCAUUCCGAGGUAGUGGAAAAUCCUCCGAACGUAUUAGACGAGGCCAUAUUCCACGACCAAAAUGCGCGUCGUGAUACAUCAGAAUUAGAGCGAGACGGUUCUGAAAAGCUCGAACCAGAGUUGCAGGCACAAGAAGUCGUGAAAGAGAGGGAACUAGGAGGGGUCUCCACAUCACUUCUUGACCAGCGAAAGUCCGAUUCUGCUAUUGAGUUGCAAGCUCUAGAAUCCGAGGAGCAAAGUUCCAUCGCUACGACAUCAUCCCCGACAUCGAUACAAGGUUCGACAACGGAUCAAUCUACACGGCCGUCAUCACUUUCUGAAGAAGAUAUUCUUCCCUCUAGUGUAUACGUGCCUCCUCCUAAAAUUACCGAGACGACAAUUGAGCAAGAGAAUACGUCUGCACAACUGGACGGCGAGCCGUCACCCCGUAAAUCGGUUGACAGCUCACCAACUGUUGUACCUGAGGAGGGAUCUCCAGCCCCAUCCAAUGCACCGUCCGAAGUACGACACAUAAGUCUGCACGAGUGCCCAAUUUCGGAGAAUAAAACAGCGUCCAACUUGUCACCCGAAGAUCCUGUGCGAGGGCGGGGCCGAAAGAAGCCAAAUCUCACAUUGGAGCCAUCUUCGUCGCACUCACGAGGGCCAGGCACCUCUUCAUCAACUCGUCGCGAGAAGCGUCACGCGGUUAUUCGAUCUCAGCUAGGCACUGCAAGUGCUGACAAUUCUGACAACGAUUCACUCUCGGACGAAGACUUCAUGGAUGAGCUCCAAAGUGCCACAGUCCAAGAAGCCAAACCUAUCUCUGUCUCCAAGUCUCCCAUCUCACCUUUCUUCUCGAAUCAACGCAAAGGUUCAAUUGCAACGCCGAUAUCCAUCAUGAGUAGACCUGGGUCUAGCCCCGAUGAUGAUCGACUGGGUCCUAGGCGCACAGCUUCUGGUCGCGGUGUUCUUGAAAUCGCUCGUUCAUUUUCAGGUGGCUCUGCUCAUUCCAAUCUAGAGCACACGCCCGUCACUACUAAACCUCAUGUUUCUACUGGCAUCUCGCAACGAAUCAAAGCUUUGGCAGAGCAGUCUAGUCGGGAUUCAGUCGCGAGUGUCGGCGGAUUAUCGAUCAACGGAGAGCCAAGCAGCGGCACUCCGCUCCAGACCUCGCAAUCUCCGAUAUCACGAAAAAAUUCAGUGAACUCAAUAAACACUGUCAGGCCUACUAGGCUUGCUCCUUCCUCUGUCGCCCUAUUCCAGUCAGCGACUUCAGCGGAAUCAAAGAACUCGAUGGCUCCUCCCGCCCGCGAAACAGUCCAUGCGACCGUAUACAAUGUCGAGCAAAACAGCUACAAGCCAGACUCAGUCUCCGUCACCGCACGUAUCAUUCGAGAUGACAGGACCAAGAAGCCUGACCUAUCAGUACCGACGGAGCACUCGCCACUUGAACUCCAUCAAAGCCCGCUUAUCAUCGAUCAUCAGCCAUCAAACAGCCAAGACAUAUCCAGGUUAAACACCCACUCCCGGCCCAAUACAAUUGCAUCGAUGCCAGUUUCGCCGAUAUCUACUGGGUCGAAGGAAUCUUCUACCCCUCUUCCUCCUCGAUCGUCCUCGGAGACAGGCUGGCGGUCUCUAGGGAGGAGGAGCGACGCAAAGUCACCUCCACCGCUUCUUCGGAAUCGUUCAGACGUCAGUCUUGAAGCCCAUGACGAAGAGACUAAAGAUAAGAAGAAAUCAAGAACCAGCCGCUUGAUGAAGCGCAUGUCCUCCAGUCUUUCGAAUGCUUCUCGAAAGAGUCUGGCUCAAGUCAUCAGCCCUAUUUCAAAAGACGAAGACGCGGUAUCCGAACAGCAACAGGAACUGCCCUCAGUCCGCGAACCGCCGCCGGCCAUUGAAGUUGGCGAUCUCAACGUUCAAUUCCCUGACACACUGCUUUGGAAACGCAGAUAUGUCGAGAUAGACAGCCAAGGCAAUCUUGUCAUGUCUGUCUCCAAGACGAAUGAUAAUGUGAGGGGCGUAACGAAACGAUUCCACCUCACCGAACUUCACUCGCCAUACAUCCCAGACCUGGAACGGCAAGAACUGCCCAACAGCGUCAUGUUGGAUUUACUCGAUGGCUCUACACUCCAAUGUGCCUGCGAAACGCAAGCUGCGCAAGUCGAUGUGUUCCGAGUCCUCCGUGAAGCGCACAACGCCUGGCUUACAUUCAGCCAAUGAAUCAAUUCAACAGCACAUCUUGGACUUUAGCGUGUAGUUUCCAAAUAUGUCCAGCUCCCGACUAGCUUUUCAGCAUUGUUCCCUUCCACUUCUUUCUACUACAUAAUCAUCACGUACGAACACAUGGCAGCGCGCUUUCUCUUGAUUUGAAUAACACGGUUUUGGUAUCUGGCAAAAAGGUCCCGAUGAAAGCCAAGACGGCGGUUCUCUUUGUUUAGCGGGAACUACAAGACAGUUUAUCUGUCUGAAAAUGGCGAGAUUGCGCAAGCGUAUGGAUGGGGAAAUACCCGAGGGCAUUGGAAAAAAGGUGUAUAGGCAUCUUUGUGUAGCUAUAUACAAGUGAGCGAGAGAGAAUGAGCGCUGCAUGCAACGAAACGACCAAAUAGAAGUUGUAUUUGCAAAUAUCAGUACAAGUAUCGAAAAGCG